UGAAAACCUGCAAAGGUCGUUGCUUUGAAAGGACCUUUGGAAGCUGCCGUUGUGAUAGAGAUUGUGUCAAGCUUGGAAACUGCUGCUUAGAUUACCAGGAAACAUGUAUACAACCAGCCCACAUAUGGACCUGCAAUAAAUUCAGGUGUGGAGAGAAGAGGCGACCAGAAUACCAUUGUUCCUGUUCAGAUGAUUGUGUAGAAAAAAAUGAUUGUUGUGUCAAUUAUCAUGCUGUUUGUAAAGGAGAGGCAAGCUGGGUUGAAGAAGAGUGUGAGGACAUUACUGAACCUCAGUGUCCGAAAGGAUUUACCAAGUCUCCGGUGUUACUAUUUUCAUUGGACGGCUUCAGAGCAGAAUAUUUGCAAACUUGGGGUGGACUUUUACCUGUUAUUAGCAAAUUACAGAAAUGUGGAACAUACACUUCCAGUAUGAGACCAGUGUAUCCUUCAAAAACCUUCCCCAAUCAUUACUCCAUUGUCACAGGCCUGUAUCCUGAAUCUCAUGGUAUAAUUGAUAACAAGAUGUAUGACCCCAAAAGAAAUGCAUUCUUCACCCUUAAAAGUGAAGAGAAGUUUAAUCCACAGUGGUACCAAGGACAGCCUAUUUGGCUAACAGCUAUGUACCAAGGUCUCAAAGCGGCUACGUUCUUUUGGCCUGGGUCAGAUGUAGCAGUUAAUGGAACCUUUCCAAACCUGUAUGAAAUAUACAAUAGCUCCAUACCCUUUGAAGAAAGGGUGGUUACUGUUCUUCGCUGGCUGCAGCUGCCUGAAGAUGAGAGACCACACUUUUACACUCUGUAUUUAGAAGAACCAGAUGCCUCAGGCCAUCAGUUUGGACCAGUAAGCAGUGGA